AUGCACAAUUUUACUCAAUUGAAAUUUGUUGGUCCCUUCUUUAUUGACAACACCUCUAUCAAGCCAAAUCUUGGUAUUAGCUUUCUCGGGUCUCUUGUUGCUCCAAGUUUUCUUGUCUUCUCUUGCAAUCGUAAAGAGUCCUAUGGAGUUAAUUACUGUUACGAGCAAAAUGAAGACAAUGAUUUGAUAUUCUCAAGGGAGGUAAAGCCCUUGAUUUUGGGGGUUUUUGAAGAAUGUAACUCCACUGUUAUCGCGUGUGGAGCAAGAGGGAGUGGAAAGACUUUUGUAAUUCAGGGCUUUGAUGAGAAACCAGGUUUCGCUACACUAGCCAUAGCUGAAAUUCUUUCUAUGGCUGAGCAAAAUGGGAAUUUGGUUACUAUAUCUUUCUAUGAGGUUUAUCAAGAGCAUGUGUAUGAUCUUUUGGAUCCAAAACAGCCAACAUUUUCUAUAUUGGUAGAUAAAGGAAAAAUUCAACACAAAGUUUUCCAAGUUCCCGUCAAAUCUGUUACAGAAUUUCACAAACUACAUGCCAGCAUGUGUGGUUCGUGUAAAUCAGUUCAAAAAAUAGUAGGUGAACUUCCUUCUAGGAACCAUAGGGGUUUAAUAAUACAUCUUGUGUCUCCCAGUAAAAAUGAUGACAUUUGUCUUGUAGGCAAGAUGAAUUUCAUUGACUUGGCAGGGUAUGAAGAUGCCAGAAGAAAGAGUGCUGAUGACCUUAAUCUUGUUGAAAGUACCAAAAUUAAUCGGUCCAUAUAUGCCAUACAUAAUGUCGUUUAUUCACUAAAUGCCAACGAAAGCCAUGUACCUUACUGGGAAAGCAAGCUUACUCACAUGUUAAAAGAUUCUUUGGGUGGGCUGAACAGAAUUUUAAUGAUCACUUGCUUGAACCCAUCCUUUUGCCAAGAUUUUGUGUACAUGGUAAGUUUAGCAUCUUGGUCUUGUCUAGGUAUCAAUCGGGGUGUAGUGGACUCCACAAAGAAAGCCAAAAGUUCAACAAGACCAAUGGUGCCUUCUUCACAUAAGCAGAAUAUUCUACUUAGAAGUGUUUCCACUACUGUGAAGAAACAUACAGCUUCAAAAGUGCAUCUUUCUGAAAAGAAAGCCAAUUGUUUGGCUUCUGCACUGAAAGGAAGGAAACUAUUUGAUGAAGCAAUUCAUCGGACCACAUCUGAGAAGGUAUCCAAUAUUUUGCUUUCUACUGAAUAUCAAGUAAUCAUGAUUCUGCCCAGAUAAUAUUUUGUGCAAAGAUUAGAAACCUGCAACUUAUCUUAAUUCACUUUCUAGGAAAUGUACCUAAUAGGUGUUUGUUAGGGGAAGAAAAUAAUACUUUCUCAAUUGUACUAUAAGAGAUUUGGAAAAUUAUGAGGCUCAGGUACCUAGAUAAAAGAUGGUUUUUCAUGUUUGACAAUAACUUUUGAA